CGGCGUGUUGUCGAACAACUUCGAGACAUUGGAAUUGUUGGAUGUUCGCUGAAAGGAUACUAAUCACGGACCGUGGCACACGUGACCUCGUCGAAGCUGCGGCCCCCUGCGUCUCAACAGAGAUUUAUGAGUGAAAUAAAAGCCUGAGUGAAGAAUGUGCUUGAACGCAGAGAGAUAAUAUGAGCCAUCCUGCGUGAUGAGGCAGGCCGCUGUCACUCACUGCUACAGCAAAUUACACCGUAAUGCGGACCAGACCCGGUUCUGUGCGCUCGCGACCCCUGCUGCGCUUACAGGGAAACCCCAGAGACUCCGUCCGCUCAUCUUGAUCGCUUAUUAAAGAUACGCAACGUUAAUGCAUUGAAAAAAGCCUUCGGACAUAGAUUAGACAGGUGAGGUGGAGCGCUGUCUGGGCUCUGAAGGUGAGGAUGAGGGCAGCGUUUGGGGGAUGGAGGUUCUGGACAGCAGAGAUGCUCAGGAUAAAGUCAGUCUGACGCCCAGCGAGGGCACGGAGCCCGGCAGUCCUGUCCAGUGUGCGGAGAGCUGGGCCGACACCGAAACCACUCCGCUGAAAAUCACGGCCGCAGACCCCGAACACGGUCAGACUGGCACUGGUGUGAUGGACGGUGCUCCGCAUUAUGACUCUGUGGUGCAGCUAAGGAAAGUGUCGCAUCUGCUCAGCCCGAUUCACACGCAACAACGCAACGGAUCCGUCAGCUCGUACCACUUAGACGUCAGACACGGCGACAUGUCGCCCGUCUGCUGGUCACCAGGAGAACACGAGUCACCUGAGGGCAAAGACGGUGGAAUCUUAAACCCUGACGCCCCGCAGACGGACGUUCAGACGUGUCCAUACUGCCAGCGGACGUACCGGCGUGACGCGUCUCUGCGGGAACAUAUGAAGUUCUGUCAGGACAGGGAUGGAGGGGACAGCGUGUGUCCUCUGUGUGGAUACAGUACGCCGUACCGCGCUCAGAUGGAGCGGCACUUAACCCUCCACAGCCAGACUCACGAGAAGAACUCCAUGUCUGAGCCCGGUAUGGAGAACAGGAAGUUCAAGUGUAAUCAGUGUGGAAAGGCCUUUAAAUACAAGCAUCACCUCAAAGAACACCUGCGCAUUCACAGCGGUGAGAAGCCGUACGAAUGCCAGAACUGUAAGAAGCGUUUCAGUCACUCGGGCUCCUACAGCUCCCACCUCAGCAGUAAGAAGUGCCUGAGCGGCGGUACGGCAGGAAACGGAUCUCAUUAUAACGGCCACGCCCAUCCCGCGUACCUCUUCCCGUCGCCCACGUCGCCCCCCGCUGUCGGCGGGAGGAACGGCAGCCGAGGGAAGGGGUCUCCGUACGGGCCGCUGGCUCAGUUUCAGCUGGAGUCGGCCGUUCCCGUCCUGAGCCGGGCGUCGUGGGACCCGGCGGAGGAUCUGGCGCUGAGGACGGGCGUGUUUAAGGGCACCACGCUUCUGCCGCUCCUGCAUUCGCGCAGCAAAUUCGAACACCUGCUGCAGGAGAUGCUGCGGAGAGAAGUGGGAGACGAAAAACAAGUGAAAAGCGAAAACUUCUCUCGACCGUACGACGCCCAGACGUCGCCCACAACCAAUAACGCCCCCUAUAGAGAUCUGUCGUCGCCGCAGCGCGCGUCCUGGCACUCUGUGCCGCAGCAAAUCCUCGUGCCUCUUCCGACACCCGCGCAGCUGUCGCAGGAUAAACACUGGCCGAGCGAAGAAAGCAUCAGUCCCAGAAAACCGACGUCGCCCGCUUUACCCGAACGCCAGCAUCUGAUUGGCUCGCGCUUCGGCUCUCCUCCCGGCCUGGACCUGUCGAUCAACACGUCGCCACGGCAACCGAACCACAUCCAGAGCGAACCUUUAGACUUGUCUAUUCCUAAAGCGCAUUCGGUCUCCGUCACACCACGCAAUCCGGCGUGUAACGGCUACUCGCCGCAUCACGAGAGGCGCGACGGAGAGAGCGUGUUCAAGAGACUGACUCCGCCCACUCAGCAGCAGGUGGGCGGGGCCUACGCAGCAUCACCGCUGUUCAGCAACACAGUGUUCAGCAGCUUCCCGCUCUUCAAUCACAUGAUCCCUGCCGGUCUGGGACACAACGGUCUGACGUCGCUUCCUCUCACGCCACCCGCGCCCAGUCCGGGCUUCCUGUCUCCUGUGGCGUAUAUGGUGGAGGCGGAGUCAGAAUCAGUGCUGAAGAGAAUACAACACGAAAGACAUUCAUUCAUGGCGGAAGCACUGAAUCGUGGCGGUCUGGAGUAUCUGUCUCUGAUGGAUGAUGGGAUGGAUGGAGAGAUCGGCCCUGGGAGGAAGAGGCUGAAGAAGACGGAGGAAGGACUGUAUGCCUGUGACAUCUGCGACAAAACCUUCCAGAAGAGCAGCUCUCUACUGCGUCAUAAAUAUGAGCACACAGGGAAGAGACCUCACGAGUGUCAGAUCUGUAAGAAAGCCUUCAAGCACAAGCAUCAUCUGAUCGAGCACAGCCGUCUGCACUCCGGAGAGAAGCCGUAUCAGUGCGACAAAUGCGGCAAGCGCUUCUCCCACUCCGGCUCGUACUCGCAGCACAUGAACCACCGCUACGCCUUCUGCAGCCGCGACAGCGACCCCGACGGAGCCGCGGAGGACGCCGUUCCCUACCGGAGCCCCGUCACGGAGCCGCACGCCGGGACCGAGGCCCCCGCUUCGGCGCUGGAGGACAGCGGCGCCUAUCUGAGCGACUCCAGCAUGGAGGGAGCGGCGCUCGAGUUCAGAGACGAGGAGGAGGAAUACGAGGAAGAGGAGAACUCCCUCAGCAGCCACGCUUACGACGGAGGGAUGAGGACGGGACGAGUUUCCCUGCAGGUGAAGGACCAAACUGGGGAAAAACCUGCAGAUGAGCAACAGGAAAGUCUGGACGGAGAUGUGCGGAGAACCGAGUGAGAUGAGAAAUACUCCAGUGUUUACCAAAGAUGUGAAACGUACAUUCAAUGACUGACGCGUCCUCUUUAGUGUUCAAACCCCUGUGCCUCGUGUCGGACGGACCGAACUGUGACGUGACUGUGAACAAACACAUCUGAGCGAUUUUAGGCCAAAGACAGAUAUACAUGAACACGUUUCUACAAAGACUCAUCAUCGUAUUCCAGAGCUUCCCUACAGCGCUGAAAAUCACUGUGAGAGGCAGAAACGGGUCUGCGACGUUACUAAAUUAAUAAAAAAAAAAUAGAUAAAUAACAAAUACUAACAUACAGAAAUGGCAUCAGGCAAAGACAAGAAUAAUCUCACUAAACCUGCCAAAGUCAUAUUUCACAUUCAAAAUAAUAAUGUUUUCUAUGAAAUUGUAUUUUACAUAACAAAUAUUAUACUUGUUUUUAGAACCAUUAAGAUUUUUCGCACUAUAUAUAUAUAUAUAUAUAUAUAUAUAUAUAUAUAUAUAUGAAACCGUUCUGAAAAGGAGGCUUUAUUAUUAAUUUUUUUUUUUAUAAAAAAAAAUAUACAACAUUUUAUUUAAAAGAUAAGAUGUCAAAGUCGUAUUUCACACCAAAAUAAUGCAAAAAUGAAUAAAUAUGGAAUUGUAUUUUGCAUAAAGGAAAUUGUACCUGUUUUUAGAACCAUUAAGAAUUUUCGCACUGGCAUUAAUUAAAAAAGCAAAAAAUAAAUAAAUAAACUAUAUACCUAUAUAUUUAGACUCAUAUAUCUCAUAAUAAUUGGACUGCAUCAUUUAUGCUGAAUCAAAAAUUUAUAAAAAAUUAAUUGCAAUAAUUGCAUGUCAUCAUGCAAAAAAUGCUAAAAUGGUUCUGAAAGGAGGCUUUAUUUUUUAUCAUACACAUUUUAAAAAAAAAAAUGACAUUCUUCCAAGAAUAUUUUGUAUUUUACAUCAAAAUAAAAAAGCUUAAUUAAUUAAGUAAAUAUGGAACGAUGUUUCACAUGAAGAAAAUUAUACCUGUUUUUAUAACCUUUAAGAUUUUUUCACACUGGCAUUAAAUAAAUAAAAGCAAAAUAAUUAAACAAAAUAAAAAUGCAUACACACCAUGAUCUUUGAUAUUUGGGCACGACAAAUUAAUGCUGAUCUAAAAAUGUAUUUUUAAAAAAUUGCAUUGCGUAGAUGUCACAAUGCAAAAAUCUGAAACGGUUCUGUAAGGAGGCUUUAUUUUCUUCAUGCAAAAUAUAAUUCAAAAAAAAGAAACAUUCUUCCAAGAAUAAGUCAGAGUCAUAUUUAACACCAAAAUAAUGAAAAAAUUACUAUGUUUUGCAUUAAGAAAAUAUACAUGUUUUUAGAACCAUUUCGCACUGGCAUUAAAUUGUCAUUACUGUAAGGAAAAUAAAAUAAAAAAAAAAUACCUUUAAAAUUAAUACAAUUAUAAGUGUGUGUAUAUAUACAUAUAUAGUUUUAAUUUUUUUUUUAUUAUUAUUAUUUUGGAGUGAAAUAUGUCCCAGAAGUUUUUUAAGAGCUCAGGAGCCGCUAUUAACACAAGACAACCGUAUGUAGUGAAAUAUUAAAUAUUUCAGUAUAAAAGCUAUUUACACCCUGUGAUUUGACCAGAAUUCGCCGUUGAGGGGCAAUAAUCGCUGGUUAGUUAAUGACCGGUUGUGCUUACGGAUCGUUCAGACGGCAUUUAUGGUUUCCUCUGACAUAAUUAUGUCAAACUGCACUAUAACUCAAAUCAAGAUUAAACGCAGAUUUGACAUCGAUUAACUGGAAAAAGAGUCAAAUUGGACGAUAAUGGCAGACAUUCAGACCUCAAACUGAAGAUUCACCUUCUUCUCAGCUGUUGAUGCGCACAAACUCUGAUGCACCAAAAUAAUGUGUUCAUGAUGCGAUGCAAUCUCUUCAUAAAGUGUCCUUUUGAGAAAGAAAAAACUGGAACAGCCAGUCUAGCACGUGUUGCACUGAAUACGAGUUUAGAAACCGAGUCAGGAAGCUUUACAAUGCUGUCGACUAUGCAAAUGUCUGCUAUUUAAACAUGCAGGAGUUUGAUUAACAGCGACAUUCAACCAGCGAAAUGCAGAUGGUGCUUUAAAUCUGCCUUUAUUCAUUUAGUGCUCGACUUUUUCUACUAUUAACUCUGUGUAAACAUGGAUGUGGCACCAAAUGCUUCUUGCACACCAGAACUGUGCACUAUUUUCACCAGUGUUAUUUUUAUACCAAAUUUUUAAGCUUUGUUAAAAUGUUAAUACAUAAUCUUUGUAAUAAAGUUGUACAUAUUUUGGAAAAUUCA